AAGUAUGACCAGAUACCUAAUAAUUUUCCCUAUUCCCUCGGCUAUAUAUAUAAAUAUCAGUCUGCUAGAGAAUCGAGGGUACUUGUUACAUUGUUCAUUCUCUAAGUAGUGAACAAAGAAUUGAUUGCAUUUGCAAUGCCAAUGAUAAUGCGGGAUUCGCCUUUGUCCUCUUUGUUCAUUAGUGUCAUUUUACGAGAGUGGCGAGAAGUUGCGAGAAUAUACAAGGAAAAUCCUAAUAUGGAGGUACAAGGUAUGAGGUUCACUCAUUCAGGUUACACAGCUUUACAUAUUGCUGCCAGCGAAAAACAAGAUAAAGAGUUAAACAAACUAGUCCAGCUAAUGGUUGAUGCAGCGAGUAUUGAUGUAAUGCGAUUAGCCGAUGACAGAGGGAACACUCCACUCCAUCUCGCAGCAAAGAUGGGGAAUGCGGGAAUGUGCGUUUCCAUUGCUUCUACUCAUCCUGAUACUAUGGGUGAGCGAAACAAUGACGGUGAGACUCCUCUCUUCUUGGCAGCACUCCAUGGUAUGAAAAAUGCCUUCUUCGCUCUCUGCUAUUAUUGCUCCUUGGAGGAGGAAGGCAACAUAUUCGCCCACAAUCCCAAAAUCUUCACUUAUGGCAGAAGGAACACUGAUGGCCGCACUGUUCUUCACUGUGCCAUCGAUGGAGAGUAUUUUGAUUUGGGUUAUCUAAUAAUUAAUCACUAUGGAGAGUUUGUUCACUGUAUUGACGAGCGAGGAAAUACCCCUCUCCAUCUUCUAGCCAGCAAUCCUUCUGCAUUCAGAAGUAGCAGUAGUAGUCGGUUCACGUUGCUGCAAAAAAUCAUUUAUCACUGUAUUCCGGCUGAGAAGCCCAAGUGGGAAAGGAAUUUCCUGAAACUAGCGGAUACGUUUGAACAGAUUUCAGACUGGGACGAUCUCUCAAGUAAUGAUGAGGAGAAUCCUCCUGAGCGAAAAUCGAAUUCUCAGCAUAAUUACCGUUGGCUCGAAAAGCUUUACUACAAAGCCAGUAGUUUCAUGAAGAGUCUGCUCAUGACAACGAUUGCUCUACUGAACUAUGGACUCUCGUGGAAAAUGAUUUUAUUUCCAAAACGAUUACUGAAGUUGAAAACAAAGCACCAAUACUUUGUUAAGAUCGUGAAUGAACUUGUUGAACAUACUUCCUCUUAUGACUAUAAAGCGACUGGAAGCGAACCCACGUCACGCUAUGAGAUUGAUGCCACGUUUGACUUCAGUGUAGUUUCCGAUCAGAAUCGUGAUGUCAUGCCUCACAUCAUUUUUAGUCAGAGCCAUUGGGACACCAGCCAAGAUAACCAAAAGAAGAAAGGCGAUCAAGAUUCCUACAAAAGCAACCAAAAGAAGAAAAGAAAGAUAGAUACACCGAUAAUAAUUGCGACAAAGAAUGGUAUUGGUGAAAUAGUAAAGGAUAUUCUUAACUCUUUUCCUAUGGCUAUACAUGACGUGAACUCAGAGGGAAAGAACUUGAUGCUUUUGGCAGUAGAAAACAGGCAACUCCAUAUCUACAAAUUGUUGCAAGAUGGAAACCAUAUAACAAAUAAUUUGUUCGAUUAUGUGGAUGAUAAUGGAAACAGUGUAUUGCAUCUUGCUGCAAUUCUUAGUACUGAUAGGCCUUGGCUCGAUCCAAGUGUUGUGCUUCAAAUGCAAUGGGAAACCAAGUGGUACGAGUUUAUUAAGAACUCUGUGCCAAAAUAUUUGUUGAAUUACCAAAACGACAGAGGCAAGACACCGGAAGAAACCUUCAGGGAGGAACACAGAGAGCUCGUGAAAAGUGACACCGAGUGGCUAAACAAAGCCUCAGAGUCAUGCACCAUCGUUGCAACACUCAUGGCAACGGUCGCUUUUGCCACAUCGGCUAACGUGCCUGGCGGCGUUAAGGGGAAAAACAGAGAGCCCAUUCUCAAACAACAACGCAUGUUUGAGGUGUUUGCAAUCUCAUCACUUGUAGCACUCUGCUUUUCACUAACAGCAGUGGUCAUGUUUCUCUCCAUUCUCACCUCUCGACACCAAAUCAUGGAUUUUGGCACUGACUUGCCUAGAAAGUUCCUAAUUGGUUUGAGCGCUCUCUUCAUAUCCAUGGCUUCUAUGUUGGUAUCAUUUUGCGGUGGACAUUUCUUCGUUCUCAGAGGCGUGCUAAGAGACGCAUGGAUUGCCGAAUAUUUAGUUGUAUUUCUACCCAUUACAAUUUUUACCAUGGCGCAAUUACCACUCUAUACUAAGCUUGUCUUUGGUACAAUUAAGAAGGUACCUGGGAACGACUUAGUGGUUAGUAAUUAACUAGAUUCUGUUUGUCAUACAAACAGUAAUGCUAGGUAUCGUGAAAAUUUUGUCAUGAAAAUAAUCAUGAAAACUUUAUGACCCUUGGAUUACACUUAGAAUAAAACACCACACACUAAUCAAGGUAAUCCAAGGAUCAUAAAUUUUUCAUGAUCAUUUCAUGACAAAAUUUUCAUGAUCCCUAACUUUUUCCGUCAUACAAAUAUUCAUGUAUAAGCCAUCUGUACGUGUGUGUUUUCAGUUCUUGUCUCCCAGUUUUCUUCCCUUCAGUUUGAUGACCAAUAAACACUGAAGUGAAUAAAAAUAAUUCCCCAUAAUUUUGUUUAAUAUAAUUGACCAGGAUGUGUUUUUCUGUUCCUUC